CCGGCGGUCCCCCGGCGCAACCUUCCCCCGAUAGGCUGGGUUCGGAAGGAUUCGGCCCGGGGGAAGGGGCGCCAGCGCCGGUGCCAGUGGAGGAUCUUCCCGCGGGCGGGCUGCUGUCGCGGCAGCCAUGAAGCCGAGUGAACCCAACAUCUUAUCGAGUGACCUGGUUCGGUUGAACGUGCCUGUCAUUCAGCAGUCCUUUCACUGGGAUUGUGGACUUGCCUGCUCCAGAAUGGUGCUGCAGUACCUGCACCCGGUGAGCGAUGAGGAGUUUCAGACCGCCUGCUGGAGACUACAGUUGGGUGAGAGUGUCUGGACCAUUGACCUGGCCUACCUGAUGCAGCAGUUCGGUGUCACACACAAGUUCUGCACACAGACACUGGGCGUUGACAAGGGCUAUCGAUACCAGUCUUUCUAUCGGAAGCAUUUCGAUACCGAGGAGGACCGGGUAAAUCAGCUGUUUGCUGGCGCUGCAGCAAACUGUGUUAAAGUAGAGAAAAGGUCUGUCACCAUUCAGGAGAUCGAGGAGCACCUGGCCCAGGGUCACGUGGUGGUGGUCCUGGUCAACGCUGUGCUGCUCGUCUGUGACCUCUGCUCAGCCCCACUCAAGUUUUGCUGCCUCCUUCCCAUUGGGCAGAAGUGCUUCUGCCGGAAACCGGACUAUCAAGGACAUUUCAUUGUGGUGUGUGGUUACAACAGGAACUCGGGCUGCAUCUUCUACAACAACCCAGCCUACUCUGACAGGGUCUGCUGCACAUCCACGAGUAACUUCAACGAGGCGCGUAUGAGCUAUGGAACAGACGAAGACAUUCUGUUUGUUUACAAGGACAGCUGACAGCAGCACUGCCCACAGGACCCUCUCUCCGCUCCGAGGACAUUCUAGUGACGGCUGUGCGAGUGCCCAAUCCCCAGAGCUGCAUGGUACCCGCGAACUCACCCCUCUUUCCCAUGAAUUGGAAAGGAUCUUUGCGCCACUGCCUAUGGGAGUUCCUUCCCUUCUGUUUGAAAUGUGCCAAAGAACCUGUAGGAAAUGGGCCCGAGAGAAACAGUAAUGCAUCAGCUCCUGCUGCUCAUCUCCUCUGCAGUGAUCCUCUGCCCUGCUGCUACACAACACUGAGCUAAACUGGUUUAAAAAGAGUCAAGCUGGUUCCACAAUCUACUGUUCUGAGGAGGAAAUCAGUUGAGAUCCAGUGAACACUUUGCAUGCUCAGAAUGCUGCUGUUGGAAUUUUGGUGGAGUUGUAGGGAAAAGAGGGAUUGUCGAUACGGAAUUGAUGUGGUCCAACUCAGAAUCUGUUGCUGACUCUGUCUGCUGCUGUUGUACUUCCUGUGGGAUCUUUGGUUGGGCUGGUGUCUAGUUAGUGGCAUGGCUGAGGUCUGCCUGACUCACAGGCCCAGGCACCAGGGAAGCCUUGUGCCUGCAUGGUGGAGAGCUGGAGUGACAGGUCCCUAAUGACACCGGCCGCCCCUCCACGGCUCCGGGCACACUAUGGAGCAUUGUCCACCCCAAGCCACGAGUGAGGGAAGGGGAAACAUUCUCACGUUGUCCCGGCACACAAUGCCAUGGGUCUUUCACCUUUCCUGAUGUGUCAGAUCUGUUUAGACAAUGUGUCUGUCCUUUUACAGAGGACAUGUACCCUAGACCUGUCUCACCGCCAUUGUUGACUCUGCCUUGAUUCUCACCUUGUUUCAGUUUGGCGGGCCCUUUCUAACCACUAACUGGACUUGAGUGAUGCCGAAAGAGAUAUUGAACACAUUGCGAUUAGGAUGAUGAUGGAUACGCCUGUGAAUUUCUUUCAGAUUUGGUUCUGUGGCUCUCGAUGCCAUUUGUCUGGAAACAGUUCUCUCUGUUUGCAAAGCUUUUCAGUUUAUGGUACAUUAGUUUCACUGUUAUGGGUUGAAUUAAAAGGUGAUUUGCUAAUGAUUGGUUGGAUAUCU